GCACACACACAGGGGCACACACACACACACAGAGGGGUACACGCACACACACAGGGGUACACGCACACACACACACGCACACACACAGGGGUACACGCACACACACGCACACGCACACACACACAGGGGUACACGCACACACACGCACACACACACACACUUCAGAAGAGCCGAGUUGUGCAGCUCAAUGUGCAGCGCAUGGACGGGACCUCCACACGCAUGUUUUGCAGCAGGAAGGAAGGCCGGUGUGUUUGUCCCGCGUGUCGGGCGGGGCUGGUGUCGCUCCUCUCACAGUAUAAAUGCGCCCGCCUGUCUGCUGGUAUGCCGCGCCGAGGCUGUGUGAUCUCCAGCGCCACUGCAGCCCCGUUACCCGGAGCAAGGACUGGAAACUCUCUGAGAGUCCCACACAAGUCGACAAAGGUUUUCAUUCCCCGAUGACAUGGUGUCCUGUCUGCUGACCAGCCCGUUUAAAUUGUUACACUGUGAACAACAGCACAGCGUCGUACGGCAGCAUUGAGGGUGACGUCAUCUGUGUUUAACAGCCAUACAGCUUCAUCUCCGUUUACAAAAAAAAAAAAAAGUCAUGGAAAACAGUUCCGAGCUUUUCCCUACGGUCUCGUCAGGAAACACGUCCGACCCGAACGGAACGCAGGACUACGAGGACUACGAGGACUACGAGGACGAGCACGCGGACCUGCGCGCCUCGCUGAACGUCAUGUCCAUGGUCGUGUACUCCGUGGCCUUCCUCCUGGGCACCACGGGCAACGGCCUGGUCAUCUGGAUCACCGGCUUCAAGAUGAAGAAGACCGUCAACACCGUGUGGUUCCUCAACCUGGCCGUCGCCGACUUCGUCUUCACUGCCUUCCUGCCCCUCAGCAUCACCUACACUGCCCUGGGUUUCCACUGGCCGUUCGGGAGGUUCCUGUGCAAGCUCAACAGCACCGUGGCGUUCCUCAACAUGUUCGCCAGCGUCUACAUCCUGGCGGUCAUUAGCUUGGACCGCUGCGUGGCCGUGGUCCGCCCCGUGUGGGCGCAGAACCACCGCACCCCCAGGCUGGCCUCGCUCGUCAGCCUGGGGGCCUGGCUCCUGGCGCUGCUGCUGAGCUCCCCUUAUUUCGUCUUCAGGGACACGGCCCCCGCGUAUCACGACGAGACCGUGGUCAACUGCUUCAACAACUUUGCCUUCUCAGACGACUACCAGACUCCGGCCGUGGUGCAGCUGCGGGUGGCGAGGCACCAGGCGAUGGUCCUGGCCCGCUUCCUGCUGGGCUUCGUCUUGCCCUUCGCUGUCAUCGUGUCCUGCUACGCCGUGAUCGCGGCGCGGCUGCGGAGGAACCGGCUGACCCGCUCCAGCAAACCCUUCAAGGUCAUCGCCGUGGUGAUCGUCGCCUUCUUCCUCUGCUGGGCCCCCUACCAUGCCUUCUCGCUGGUGGAGAUGGUCAAUCACGUGACUGGGCAGCGCAGCGCCACCCUGGGUCACCUGACCGCCGUCGGCAUCCCCAUAGCCAGCAGCCUGGCUUACCUGAACAGCUGCCUGAACCCGGUACUCUACGUCUUCAUGGGCCAGGACUUCAAGGAGAAGGUGAAGAAGUCCAUCCUGGCCGUGCUGGAGAACGCCUUCAGCGAGGACUCCGGCCAAACUGCGCUCGGCAGCAACAGCAGGAGCAAAUCAAAAUCCACCUUGGAGGCGGAGGUCUGACGCGGGCGACGCAUUGCACGCCCCCCGAGGAAGAGCCAAGAGGCUUCAGCCAGCGCAGAACAAGUUCCAUUAACGCUGGGCACUCCCUCCAGCGUGCUGCUGCAGAGUUCUCUCAAACGUGCAGCGCGUCGAACGGAGACCCGCGCCACAACGGAUAACGGCGUGUAUGAAAACCCAUGCUAGUUUCACUCGUAAAAACGAUGUUUCUUUCAAUGCUCCCCGUUCGAGAGAGCGCCGUGUAGCCAAUGGAAGGAAGGACAGGCAGAAGCUAGGAAACUCGGACCAGCACAGAUUCACCUCAUGCUAAUUUACUCACAUUUUAUGGUUAAGUUACAGAAAUAUAUAUAUAGCUUUGGGGGCAUCCGUAUAAGGUUCUCAUGCAUUUGCUUGCUAGUCUUCCAUAUAGAUAGAUAGAUAGAUAGAUAGAUAGAUAGAUAGAUAGAUAGAUAGAUAGAUAGAUAGAUAGAUAGGGUGAAGUAAUAUAACAGAUUAGGCAUUUUAAAACUAAGCUAUUAUAUUUAACUUUGACAUUUUUCUUGUAUUUUUUUUUUAACUGUGUUUCCUGCCAUUGUUUUGCAUGAUGAGUUCUUAUUAAAAUCUUCACAAGACAAAGGGCUCU